AUGCUGCACCACGCCAUCGUCAUCGUCGCCGCGGCCGGGCGCGGCGGUCGCGCGCCUCGCCCCGGCCGAGGUGGACGUUCGAAUCGAAGCGACGCGCCCGAUUGGGCCAAGCCGCCCGCGGAAGGACGACAAAAACGCGCGUCGACGUCGAAGCCGCCGCCUAACGGUGGCGGCGGUCGCGGUGAAAGAACGAACGACGGCGCGCGCGCGGCGUCGUCGAAGGCGACGACGAGCAAAGGUGAACCGUCGCGCGAGCGCGCCGUGCGCGCUUCCGAUGAUUUGCGAGCGGUAUCAGCGAAUGCGUCGACGAAAAAUUUUGACGACGGUGGACGCGGGACGACGACGUUAUUUGACGACGGCGGACGCGGGACGACGCUCGAGGAGUGCCUGCGAUACGAGCGAGAGGGGCACACGUGCAUACGAGGCGCGGUGGACGCUAUGGAAAUGAUACCUAUGGUGAAGGCGCUGAGCGGCGAGAUUAUGUCGCGACGCAUGGAGGCGUACCGACAUCGAGUGUCGGUGCUGUGCCCGCAAGUCGACGCUCGCGAGUUGCGAGACGUGGAAGACGCGAAGCGCGCGCUGAAGAAGCACUCGCAGGAGGACGUGGGAUUUUUACAAACGUUCAAUCUGCACAGAGAGCAAACUAGCGCGGCGCGUGAGUACAUAAUGAGCAAGCGAUUUGCAAAAAUCGCCGCCGAACUCAUGGGGUGCGAAAGAGCUCGAAUUUACCAAUCGUGCAUUUUCGUAAAAGAGCCGGGCAUGGCUGAAACGAACUGGCACUCGGAUUUAAAUAUGGUACCACUCGACACGAACGACUUCGUCACACUUUGGAUUCCACUGAGGUCGCUCGAAGAGGAUGACGCCGCGUUGCACUUUGCGAACCGUUCGCAUCGAGAUUUUUCACUUCCGUAUUGGCGCACUUUGGAAGGCAUGGAAGAUCUCGAAGGGCGGUACGAAAUUGACACGUACGACGAGCUCGAUUUAGGUGACCUUACCGCACACCACGGGUGGUGCCUUCACUGGAGCCCACCGCAACCGGAAGAUUGCGUCCCUCGAUACGCGCUCAGCGUGUGCUACUUCGCCGACGGCGCUCGACGAUUGGACACGGAUCAGCUCCGCCGCGUGCCGCACGACGAAGACGCGUGGUCUUACGAUAGCUGGCUCAAAGAUAUUAAACCCGGGGCCGUGGCGAAGCAUCCAGAGUUACCGAUAGUUUGGCCUUAG